CACAGCCGCGCAGGUGCCACCUUUCCUCGACCUCCAGCUGCAGCCUCCCCGCGAUGGAGUCACCGGUCCAGAUCUUCCGUGGGGAGCCAGGCCCCACCUGCGCCCCCAGCGCCUGCCUGCUCCCCAACAGCAGCGCUUGGUUCCCCGGCUGGGCCGAGUCAGGCAACGGCAGCGCCGGCUCCGAGGAAGCUCAGCUGGAGCCCGCGCACAUCUCCCCCGCCAUCCCCGUCAUCAUCACCGCGGUCUACUCGGUGGUGUUCGUCGUGGGCUUGGUGGGCAACUCGCUGGUAAUGUUCGUGAUCAUCAGAUACACAAAGAUGAAGACAGCGACCAACAUCUAUAUAUUUAACCUGGCUUUGGCGGAUGCUUUAGUUACUACCACCAUGCCCUUCCAGAGCACUGUCUAUCUCAUGAAUUCCUGGCCGUUUGGGGAUGUGCUGUGCAAGAUAGUCAUUUCCAUUGACUACUACAACAUGUUUACCAGCAUAUUCACUCUGACCAUGAUGAGUGUGGACCGCUACAUAGCUGUGUGCCACCCUGUGAAGGCUUUGGAUUUCCGCACACCCUUGAAGGCAAAGAUCAUCAAUAUCUGUAUUUGGCUCCUGUCAUCUUCUGUUGGCAUAUCUGCAAUAGUCCUUGGAGGUACCAAAGUCAGGGAAGAUGUGGAUGUCAUCGAGUGCUCCUUGCAGUUCCCAGAUGAUGACUACUCCUGGUGGGACCUCUUCAUGAAGAUCUGCGUUUUCGUCUUUGCCUUUGUGAUCCCCGUCCUCAUAAUCAUUGUCUGCUACACCCUGAUGAUUCUGCGUCUGAAGAGUGUCCGACUCCUUUCCGGCUCCCGAGAGAAAGACCGUAACCUGCGCAGGAUCACCAGGCUUGUCCUGGUGGUGGUGGCGGUCUUCAUCAUCUGUUGGACCCCCAUUCACAUUUUCAUCCUUGUGGAGGCUCUGGGUAGCACAUCCCACAGCACAGCCGCCCUCUCCAGCUAUUACUUUUGCAUUGCCUUGGGUUACACCAACAGCAGCCUGAACCCCAUCCUCUAUGCCUUUCUUGAUGAAAACUUCAAGAGGUGCUUUAGAGACUUCUGCUUUCCCAUCAAGGUGAGGAUGGAGCGUCAGAGCACGAGCAGAGUCAGGAAUACAGUCCAGGAUCCCACUUACAUGAGGGAUGUGGAGGGGAUGAAUAAGCCAGUAUGACUAGUCGUGGAGAUGUCUUCCUACGGUUCUCCAGGAAGAGAAGAGUUCAAUGAUCUAGGAUUUACCCAGAUUACGACUGCAGUCUGAGAGGAGAAGAUGGGUGUUUU